AUGUCCUCAGACACAACACAUUACAACGUCUAUCGGGUCCUGUCAUCUCAAUCGCACGGUCCGGACCAUGAAGGCUUAGCUCUGGUGCCUGCUCAAAUGCCUGAACAAAAUGCUGGUCGAUUCUAUCAUGUCAUCGGGAGUGUUGGUAUGGGUAUGGAUUAUCAAAAGCGUGGGCGAUUCGACUUCUCACGCGAGGAAUCGUACAAGAGCAAGUCGUUUCUGUUUCCGAUCAAGAAAGAAUCACUACAAGAUUGGGAGCAAAUUUGUGAAAGCAAGCCUGCUCCCCAUGAUCCUAGGGUACUCACAGAACGGAACAUCAGCCCCCCGCCACCCAAUUGCGCUUCAUGGGUCGAUGAUGUGAUCAAGGACGCGAAAGCUUUAGCUAUCACUUCAAGACCAGACCAAAGUUGA